AUGGCAUGCCUGAAUCUAAACUUACCUCCAAACAAGACCAAAGUGUCCGUGAGGAUUGCCUUCAUUUCGAAUCAAUCGGUUGAUCGGCGAUUCUCGAAUAGUGUGAAGACGGUAAUGAUUGAUUUGAAAGAUUCCACGCGUAGAUUGACAGCAAAGAAAACUAGCCAUAUCGACAAGUACACAAAAAUCGAGUUCACUGCAACCAUCGUCGCCAUGUUCUUGCCUCCGAUUCCUUCACCUCCCUCACCAUCUUCUCCAGAUUCAGAAUCAUUCUCUUCUUUAGCUCUUGGCGGAGCGAUGCACAAGUUUUUAUCAGUUACUCCAUGGGGACACUGUGAUCCGGCUGGUCCAAACUUGAUAUCAUCCAGAAAUGUCAUCCUCACAUACAACGUUCGAGCACCCCGCCAUUAUUUGCCGAGCCAGGGAAACAGAGAGAACAGUCAGAUGAUGCAUCCCACAUCGGAGCACCGAGUCACUGAAGAGGAAAGAUUAAAGAGAAGAAGAAAGAGGAAGCCCACACGAAUACCAAAAAAGACUGGAAUCUCCAAGGAACCCACCCAAGAGAAGAUGUCUUGUGCGCCCACCCACCGAUUCCGAACGAAGUUCGUCGGCAUGAAGCGUGGACGUCAUCCACCACUCAUAAAGCAUACACAUUGGCAGCCCACAAUGCUGUCCAACUUGUUAAUUCCUUGUUGA